ACAGGGUCAGGUUUUAUGCCGCGUUUCCAGAACCAGAAGCUGUCUGGCGUCCACUCUCCACCCCUACAUUAUUUUACACAGCACGUUGCAAUAUACAUAUAAUCCGGUGCUCUGUCUGCGUGAAUCUUUGCUGCUACUGAACUGCUGAUCGUUUGUUUAAUUUAAUGUAAACAAAACGAUAACAGUUCCAGUUCAAACAGUCUACACGUACUGUGCCCGAAAGCGCCUUGUUGUAUCUCUUUUCCUUCCCUUCCCCCUCACACAUACCUCCAUAACAAUGGUGUUACUGUCUUCUCUAUCUGAACUCUUCCUCCUCUUCUUUUUGUUCACAUUCCCAAAUCUCUGCUACUCCAUCCCUGUAAACACCUCCACAGAGUACCUCAAGCUCCCAUUGCUCCACAGAACCCCAUUCACUUCCCCUGCUCAAGCCCUCUUUUUUGAUAUCCGCCGCCUUUCUCUCCUCCACCAGCGGCCCUCUUUCAAAUCCCCUAUAGUAUCCGGCGCCUCCUACGGCUCUGGUCAGUACUUUGUCUCGUUACGCCUCGGUUCUCCCCCGCAAACUCUGCUCUUAGUUGCCGAUACUGGCAGCGAUCUUGUCUGGAUCAAAUGUUCUGCCUGCAAAAACUGUUCCAACUACUUCCCAGGAUCUGCAUUCCUCGCUCGCCAAUCCUCCACGUUCUUCCCAAUUCACUGUUUCAGCUCACUGUGCCAACUCGUUCCCCACCCGCUCCCCAAUCAUUGUAACCACACUCUCUUACAUAGUCCAUGUCGAUACGAGUACCUAUACGCUGAUGGCUCGAAGACGACUGGAUUCUUCUCCAAAGAAACCACAAAGUUACAAAUAAGUACCGGAAGGGAGAAAAAGCUGAAAAGUUUAGCAUUCGGGUGCGGGUUUCGGAUCUCAGGUCCGAGCCUUACGGGUGCGAGCUUCAAGGGUGCCCAUGGGGUGAUGGGUUUGGGCAGAGCACCAAUUUCGUUUUCUUCCCAGCUGGGUCGUCGUUUUGGUAACAAGUUCUCCUACUGUCUCAUGGACUACACUCUCUCUCCGCCUCCCACUAGUUAUCUCAUAAUCGGCGGACACCAAAGCAACGUCUUCUCGAAAAAGAGAAGCAUGAACUUCACGCCAUUACUGGUAAACCCUCUAUCGCCCACAUUUUACUUCAUUGGUAUCAAGAGCGUAUAUGUGGACGGUAUAAAGUUACCGAUCAAUCCCUCUGUUUGGUCAAUUGACCAGUUGGGUAACGGAGGUACGAUCAUUGAUUCAGGCACGACAUUGACUUUCAUAGCAAAACCAGCUUACCGUGAGAUUCUAAAAGCGUUUAAACGGCGGAUUAAGCUACCAAAUGCAGCCGAGGCAACUCCGGAUUUCGAUCUUUGCGUGAACGUGUCUGGUGUGUCAAGACCCCCUCUACCCAGAAUGAGUUUCGAGCUCACUGGGGACUCGGUUUUUUCACCUCCAUCAAGGAAUUACUUCGUCGAUACUGAUGACGGAGUCAAGUGUUUAGCGAUUCAACCCGUUCACUCGGAUGGCGAUUUUUCGGUGUUAGGGAAUCUGAUGCAACAAGGAUAUUUGCUGGAGUUCGAUAGAGACAAAUCGAGGCUCGGUUUUUUACGUCGGGGCUGUGCUCAACCCUGACGAUAAAAACUGGGCGUUUUGGUUUUUGAUCUUAUUUUCUUUCAUUUAAUCGAACUUAUGCCAAAAUAGAUUUCAUUGAAUAAAAAUUUUCAGUAAGAGGGCCCAUUAAUGGAUGGAUUCAAACCCAAUAACUGCAUCCCCAAGAGCUCAAUCAAGAAUCAGGCGCAGGUAUUCGCUUUUAAUGCCCAUGAGCUGGCAGCGUAAAGGUUGCUGCGCACCACAGCGCCACUUCAUUGCCGAGCUUACCCAUUGGCCAGCAGAACGACGUCGAUCGAUUAGGAGAGCAACACAGGGGAAGUGAGGCUGACGUGGUCACGCAUGGCUAAGAAAGACUAUCCAUGGCCAGGGGGAAGCCCCACUUGUUCCCAAAGCCUAUUUCCCCUAUCAUCAUGCAGCUGAUUAGAGGUGUUUAUAUGACAGUACCGAAGAUAAUUCCUCCAUUUGUUUCCUCUUUAAUCUCUAUUGGUUUAGUGAGCUAUUUCCUAUUUAAUUUGUCAUUCAGAAA